AUGACAACAAUGAUGCUGACUUAUCAGAAGAUGAUAAUUAUUACCAUAAUCAAACAAACGUCGACAAAGCUUAUUCCUUCAACCUCAGCAGCAAUAUUGCAUGUAAAAUCACCAGUUUAUACCAUCUAUCGUGAUAGACGUGUUGACUUAGCUUCAAAAGAUGGAAGUUUACCAGAACACUUGGUUCAUGAUAUUGUGCGAGCAACUGUAAGCAACAUGGUAUCUGUGGCCCUUUCUGAACCAUGGAAUCGAUUGCCAACUUCUAUGGAAUUAAAGGAGAUGGCAAAAAGUCUGAUUGUAACCUAUCCAUUGUUACGUGAUCCAGUUAGUGGUCAUGUAAGUUUCUCCUGCAUAUUUUUUAUACCACCUUAAAUACCUCAGACAUAUAUAUUCAUCAAUCUCAAGGGCUUGUGAAUAUUUAAAUCUUUUUGCUAGGGUAUAACCCCAAUGUCAGGAGUAUAGAAGGAGUUGUAAGGAUUUUUGUUGCCCAUGGUAGGAAAAUAGGAUUUGAAUUUAGUAUUUACUGUAUAUUGUAAACUUGUUCAAAGGUUUUACUUUUAAAUAUACUACAAGAAUACAACCAAAAUUUUGAUCGCUACUCGUCUAUACAAAAAUUUCACUCAGCUUGAAAGAGACUUAGAAAAAAAUUAGUAAUAUUCUGAAGUUUCGUUGGAAAAUGUUGUAAAAUAUCUGAGUCGAACAGACUGACACAAAAUCGUAAAAUUAUAAAGCAUUUAGUCUCUAGUACUUUACUUGAGUACAGCUUUAGAAUGAAAAUAACAUCUCAUAGACAGUGUAUAAAAGUGUGUAUUAUAAAUUAGUAAUAGAAACAUCACUCUUUUACCGUGCCAUUUUGUUUCCUGUACCAAUCUUGUAACAAGGGUGUUAUCUCCAGGGUUGACAAACAAACGCACACACAACUCGAUAGCAUAGUGUCUAGCACUUAGCACAGAUACAAAAAUCAGGGUCUAGCUAUUUUGCGUGGCGCGGGUCAAUUUUUGCGGGCUGCGGGUCAGUUUUUGCGGGCUGCGGGUUAAAACAAUUGCGGGCCUCGGGCCAAAUUGCUGGCCUAACUAAUUUUUUGUUGCAUGCCAUAUAUGUUGCAUGCAACUAUAGGCGUACGGGACGGGGGGCAGGGGGGGACAGUUGCCCCCCAAAAAGAUUACAAAGUCGAAAAUUCGGGCAAAUGUUCAACAAAAGUCGAGCAAAAGUCGGGCAAAAAGUAGUAAAAGCAAUAAAAUCUCUCUUAAUAAUAAUCCCAGUUUGUUGGGCAAGCAAAGCCAGUUUGGCAAUAUUCGCUUAACAGUCGGGCAAUAUUGGGUUAUUAUAAAAUAAAAUGGGACAAAUUGUGUAAAUUUUGCGGAAAAUGAUGGCGAUUUUCGGGAAAAUUUGUUUGAUGUUCCGAAAAAUUUUGGUAUGUCGGAAAAAAUUUUUGGACCCCUAAAAUGGUACACUGACCGAAAUUUUUUUGACGACGGGGGGAGGGAGGUCACAAAAAUUAAUUGUUCCGGAAAAAAAAUUUUCAGCACUUGUCGGGCACAAUCCGAAAAAUUCGGGCAAAUUUCUUUCUGCCCCCCUAAUUUUCUCCCGUGCCGUACACCUAUGUUGUGGACUAAACCAUGUGUUGUUCAGUGUGGCAUUGUUUAUUUUGUAACUUAUAUGUAUCGUAUUGCACAGUGUAACUAGACACUAAGAACAAUUGUUCAUUUACUUAUGCUUAGUGAAGUAUAUAUAUAACUUAUGCCAGUGAAGUUUGUUCCUAUGAAAAAUAGUCGUUUGUGUUCGAAGCAUUUUAGUGCAGAUAUGUUCGAGAAGGGUUAUAGUCAGAGACCAGUGUUAAAGCCAUAUGCUGUACCAACAAUCUUUAAUGAUUGCUUUGGUCAGGUGGGUUGUCGUAUUUACAGUUUAGGGAGCGGUCAUUAUUUAUGGUGGGGAGUGGCACCAAAGAGAUUUAAAAUGGUUAGGUAAACAAAAUUUCGAGUAAGUAAAAAGGUGGGUAAAUGAAAACUCAAGCGUUGGGUAAGAAAAAAAUGUUCCAUGCCAAGCAUGUCUUUAGUUACUAAAAUAUUGAAGACUAAAAAGCAAUGUCAACAAUCAUGUGUCAAUACAAUAUGUGAAUCUACCAGAAUCACGAUCUUGAUAUUUUCAGAUUUGUCGGGAGACAAAUAAUGUCUCCAAAGAAACUACAUAAUUGUACAGACAAUAUAAAACUUUAGACUGCAGAAAAUUUCACAAACCGUUAUCAAACUCGUGUCACAGAAGUGGUACCGGUAAAGGACAUGUGUCACAAUUGAAUGGUAUCCUUUUGUAAAGUUUUGGCCAGGGGUGGGUAUUUAUUUUUUAAUUGAUUUUCAAGGUUGGGCAAUCAAAUUUUGUACUUUUUUACCCAUUGAGUUGCAUUGCGCCCUGAUGCACCCUACUUUAGUACGGUAUUUUUGCCACAAAAAACCUUUCUCUUUGGUGCCACCCACCACCAUAAAUAAUGACGUGUCCCUUAUUAUGAGUGUAUCAGUAUAAUUAACCCAUUAAACACCAGCACCCUCCCCUUGAUGAGUAAAAUUGUCUGGCAUUAGACAGAGUAAAAUACUAAAGUAGGGUGCAUCAGGGUGCAAUGAGACUCAAUGGGUUAAUGGUCAUACUGUACAAGAGGGGUAAUUAAUACUGAAUUUUGAUUAAUGCCUGAUUCAAUGAUUAAUGCCUGGCAUACUGUAACUGUCAAAGUUAUAGGGAUGUAAAGAUGUUGUCAUGCAACCUCUUUUGCAUGAUUGGGCCUUUUGAUAUUGGAUAAUUGGACAAACCUUAAUUUUCAUACAAUCUAUGAAUGUAAUAUAUAUAUAUACAAUAUACAGAGUGUAUAAAAAAAAAGGUAAUCGAACUUCAGCGCGAUAUUGUAUCUGAAUUACUCUGCAUAUGAACAAGAUUUUUUAACAUUAGGAGAGAUCAUGCUUUUAGCUGUUGAAUGAUAUCUUCUUCAUGCCAAAUGGAUAAAAAAUGAGCAAAUACGAAUCGGAUAAAAAAUGUUAGUCAGAAUCGCAUAUUUUCACCGUUGAGAGUUGGGUCUUAAUCCAUUGAAAAUGAACCCCUUUUGGUACUUAAGUUGAUGAAUUUCACUUCAAUAAACGACGCACAUAUUCAUUGUGCCAGUAUCCGGGAGACAACUUUUUCAGGGGUUCCUAAGGAACUUAUGAAAAGGUUGGUGACACAGAAGAAAAAGAAAAAUCCAGGUGCGUAUCCAGAGGAAUUACGAACAUUCGCUAUGACCCUGAAGUUUUACUCUGCAAAGGCAUAUAAAUAUGUUAGAAAGAGUUUUGAUUUAGGGUUACCACAUCCAUCAGUGCUCAGCAGCUGGUACACUGCUAUGGAUGGGGAACCUGGUUUUACCAAGGAAGCAUUGACAGCAUUGAAAGCAAAAGUCCUGGCUGGAAAAUGA